CCUCUCAGGACGUAGACGCUGGAGCUCUGUCCUACACCUUGAUGGGUCUGAAGAAGUUCACAGAGUACAGCAUUAGAGUGGUGGCCUUCAACAAGCACGGUUCGGGAGUGUCCACAGGAGACAUCACCGUCACCACCCUGUCUGAUGUCCCCAGUGCCCCUCCUCAAAACCUCACUGUGGAAGUUCACAACUCAAAGAGUAUCAUGGUCCGGUGGCAGCCCCCACCACCAGGCGCCCAGAACGGCGAGAUUACUGGGUAUAAGAUCCGUUACCGGAAAGGAACGCGGAAGAGCGAGGCGGCAGAAACCACGGGAGGCACCCAGCUAUUCCAACUCAUCGACGGUCUAGAGCGGGGGACAGAGUACACGUUCAGAGUAUCAGCCAUCACAGUGAACGGCUCCGGGCCCGCCACAGAGUGGAGCACCGCAGAGACCUUCGAGAGCGACCUGGACGAGUCCAGGGUGCCAGACAUCCCCAGCUCGCUACAUGUGCGCCCGCUGGUCAACAGCAUCGUGGUGAGCUGGACGCCGCCGGAGAACCAGGACAUGGUGGUACGAGGCUACACCAUCGGCUACGGCAUCGGCAGCCCCCACGCCCAGACCAUCAAGGUGGACUACAAGCAGCGCUACUACAGCAUUGAGAACCUAGACCCCAGCUCCCACUAUGUGAUAACCCUGAAGGCCUUCAACAACGUGGGGGAGGGGAUCCCUGUAUACGAGAGCGCCAUCACCAGGCCACAGUCAGACCCCAUAGACCCUGAUGUUGAUUUGUAUGAACUCUUCCAUGCGCCAUACACACCAGUACCAGACCCCACCCCCAUGCUACCUCCCGUGGGCGUACAGGCCUCGGUGCUCAGCCACGACACCAUCAAGGUGACCUGGGCCGACAACUCUCUGCCCAAGAACCAGAAGAUCACGGACGCACGCUACUACACGGUGCGCUGGAAGACCAACAUCCCCGCCAACACCAAGCUCAAGACGGCCAACACCACCAACCUGAGCCACAUGGUGACGGGCCUGAAGCCCAACACGCUCUAUGAGUUCUCUGUCAUGGUGACCAAGGGCCGGAGGACCAGCACCUGGAGCAUGACGGCCCAGGGAACCACCUUUGAGACCAUUCCCAGCUCGUCCCCCAAAGAUGUGACUGUGGUGAGCAAGGAGCUGAAACCACGUACCAUCAUAGUCAACUGGCAGCCCCCCUCAGAGGCCAAUGGAAAAAUCACAGGCUACAUAAUCUACUACAGUACUGAUGUGAAUGCGGAGGUGCAUGACUGGGUGAUAGAGCCGGUGGUGGGCAACAGGUUGACCCACCAGAUCCAGGAGCUGACUCUGGACACCACCUACUACUUCAAGAUCCAGGCCCGUAACUCCAAGGGCAUGGGCCCAAUGUCCGAGGCCGUACACUUCCGCACCCCCAAGACUGAAUCCUCUGACAAAAUGGCUAAUGACCAAGCCAAUUUGCCAGUUAAACCGGGAAGUAACCAACCACCUCUUGACCAUGGCUUUGGGUCUUCACACGGAAAACCAGGAAUUACAGGAAGUGGGGACAACCACAUCCUGGUCAUCGUCGUCAUCAUCUCUGUGGGAGCGUUCACCAUCAUUGUGGUGGUUGUGGGGGCCUUCCUCUGCACACGACGCACCACCUCCCACCAGAAAAAGAAGCGGGCGGCCUCCAAGUCGUCCAACAGCUCCCACAAGUACAAGGGCAACUCCAAGGACCUGAAGCCUCCAGACCUAUGGAUCCACCACGAGCGGCUGGAGCUCAAGCCCAUUGACAAGUCCCCCGAGCCCAACCCGGUGAUGACUGACACCCCCAUCCCCCGCACCUCGCAGGACAUCAACCCCGUGGACCCCAGCCUGGACAACAGCCUGCUGCAGAGACGGAACUCCUACCGAGGCCACGAAUCAGAAGACAGCAUAUCUGCGCUGGCAGGGCGCCGGGGGAUGCGGCCUAAAAUGAUGAUGCCCUUCGAUACGCAGCCCCCCCAGCCUGUGAUUAGCGCUCACCCCAUCCAUUCCCUUGAUAACCAUCACCACCAUUAUCACACGGGCAGCCUGGCAUCCCCGACACGCAGCUACCUCCAUCACCACCAGGGCAGUGCCCACCUGCGCCCGCACGUCUGCGCCACCCCCAUCUCCUAUCUAGACAUGGUGGGCUCCACAGAGUCGGUGAGGAACACCCCCAGCACAGAGCCCCUCCCACCCCAGGCCCAGCCCCCCUGCCAAGCCGAGCACCAGCACCCGGAACCCGAGGGCAGCUACCAAGACUCCACGGCCACCGACGAUGAGCCUAGCGCCAGCGGCAGCUACUGCAGUGCCGGCCAGCCCCCCACCGCCCACGUGCGCCCCACUCACCCCCUCAAGAGCUUUGCCGUGCCCGCCAACCCCGCCGCCAUCUUCGAGUCGCCCGCCCUGCCCAGCAUGCCGCUGCUUACUCAGACUGGGCCCCAGCUCCACUCAGUAAAGACAGCCUCCAUCGGCACCCUGGGCAGGGUACGCCCCCCCAUGUCAGUCACGGUGCCCAGUGCGCCAGACGUGCCCGAGACCAGCAAGAUGCUGGAGGAUGUAGACAGUGUCCUUGCCUCCCUCCCCUCCUGUUCCUCCCUUGCUCCCCGCAGUAACCCUGUUCCUUUCCCUCAGAGCUACGAGCCUGAUGAGUUGACAGAGGAGAUGGCCCACCUAGAGGACCUGAUGAAGGACCUGAACGCUAUAACCACAGCCUGAGAACCACACGCCCACUCAUUACGCUGCUCACACACAUACAAGCAGACACACACACACACACUGCCAGCCCUCAGCAAACUGGGAGCCCGAUGCCCCGGUACAAAAUGGAUACCGUAAAUGGAUCUUACACACCCCACUCAAGACAAACAAAAAAUCUCAACUGAAACUUUUCAACUUUUGGCUUACCUUGCUCAGUCUCAGGAAGGAGAUGGCCAUUUUAAAAAGCGACAGUUCACCUUUUUAUGAAGAAACAUUCUCAGAGACGAUAUCUAACAUUGGUCGCUUUCAACCAGAAGAUUGUGAAUUUUCUCAGCACAAAAACUGAAAUGCAUCAGAAGGUUGCUCUCAUACUUUGAUUGCCGGGGAGACCGCUCCUAUGGUUGCCGGGGAGACCGCUCCUAUGGUUGCCGGGGAGACCGCUCCUAUGGUUGCCGGGGAGACCGCUCCUAUGGUUGCCGGGGAGACCGCUCCUAUGGUUGCCGGGGAGACCGCUCCGACAGACAUCAUAUUGUGAUUCCAAGUCAAGAGGAAGAGUCAAAUAUGCCGGUAUUUCAUGUUGGUGCUCACGAAACACAAUCUAAACACAGUGUUUGUUUAAUUAGUGUCACUUAUUUGUGCGUUUUUGUAUAUCUAUUGCCCUGUUUCAGUGAAGUGAACGUUGGACAACAGUCCCCUCCAUUUCCAUAAAAGCGGUAAUUUUAUAGCUAUCAUUUUGAUCCAAUGACGUCUGUUUUCCCUACUCUGUGUUAUAUAUUGUGCCAAGUCUCUUAUUAUUCUCUAAUAUGCCAUGUAUGUUUUUUACAUAUCCGUAUAGAUAUGUACAUAUGUUUUUUACAUAUCCGUAUAGAUAUGUACAUAUGUUUUUUUAAACGGCCUCAUUCUAUUCCCCCCCCCCAGCCUAGCCAAUCAUUUCAUUUUAUUUGGGAGGAGAGUGACAAAAUAGACCCUCAAACACUCACUUUUCAUAUCUUGUGGGGAGAUGCCUUGCGUGUUAGUCCAUUACAUUUGAAUGGUUUAUUGCGUUCUCUGGCAUUGUGUUGCCCCUUUAUACAUUGAAAUGUUCAGUCUUUUUUUGUUUGUGGGAGCUCUGUUUCAAAAAGCCUUACGAAACGUGUCCGUACGUUUACAUUGGAGAUGACUGUGCCCUCUGUGGACGUUUUCCAGUUACACUGUGAUCCCUCUGACACGCAGCAUCACCACUCUCAGGCCAGCCUGGCCUUGGAGUGCCAAGUAGUAGGGCUUGUUAGCUGGUGACCUUUCAGAACCAUCUGUGGGACAUGAACCCUCCAGAGGCUGCUGGACUCGGAGUGCCUCACCCCGCAAUCACACAUCCUACCCAGUCAGUCGUUUCAAUGGAAUGGCAAUAUAUCAUAUGAAAGUGCUAUGAAAUGGAUGUCUUGUUUCCAAGAGCCAAUAUUUGGUUGAAGAGGUCUGUUUUUUGCUCUUUAUCUCUCUCUGUCAUGUGAAAACCAGGUUUUUCAAUCAAGGAUAAGUGUUUACUGUUAUCUGAGGUCUGUUAAAGAAACACUGCUUCAUCGCUCUUUUUAAAUGCUACUUGCAACGAUGUUGGCCUAUUGAAUGGGACUCCCAGAUUCAGAUUUUUUUUUUACAUGUAGUUUGUUUUGUAUGAAGAAAAAAUAAACUUGUUCUGUACACAAUUCCAAUGUAAAAAAAUUAAAUAUGAUAAUGUAAGAAGCUAGUUUUUCAUCUGCCCUCUUACCCAAAGAAAUGUAAUUGCAAUCCUAGUUACAUGCUCUACUUUUGUGAAUACCAUGUUUCUCAUAAUGUACAUCGUCAUGAAUGUCAAUAUAACUGUAAGAGAUUUUACUUAUGGAUACAAAAGGAGCAUGUAUAAAAAGAAUGAAAAAGAAAGUGGACCGUGGGAAAAAGACAGGACGCUAACCCGUUGGGAAUAACCUAUUAAGUUGUAGACAGUCAAGCCUGUAUUGCACUUUUUCACAAUUUUUGAAAAAAAAUAAUCUUCCAUAUCUUGUGUUUUAAAUAUAAAAGCGAUGUUUCUGUAAAGUAGUGUCCUAGGUUAGCAGCAGGCAGCUGGUCUUGUUUUAAUGGUCAUUUGUUUUUGAGAUAUGAAAUUGAGCGGCAGGUUUUACUGUGCUGCUGAGGUAUUCUGUUGCUUGUUUCUGUACAGAGAUCUCUUUGCUUUCUGUAGGAUAUUCUGUGGCUUAAAAAAAAAAAAGUUUGAGAAAAAUGUUUUUUUAUUUUUAUUGGUGCUCUUAUACAUUGUGUAUCCAACUAUUAUGAAUACUAACAAAGUUGAAGCUUCUACUUGUCUGUUUUGUCAUGCAUGUCGUAUUUUAUUGGUUGUGUGUGUUUGUCGUACAUGCGUGUGUGUGUGGGCGUCGAUCUAUUUCUCCAUGAGACUUUUUAAUGGAUGCCUGCCUUCAUAGACUAGGUGUAACAUCGUAAAUGGAAAUCCGGGACACUCAAAUAAGUAUAUGUUACGUUUGUAUGGAAACACAAGACAAGGUGGUUACUUAAGG